AUGUCACAAAGAAAAGAUUUAAAUAUUAUCAAAAAAUUGAUUUUCUAUAAUAAUUACUAUUCAACUAGUUAUCCAUUUGGUAAGUUUGCACCAAUUCCAUUAGGUAAUAAAAGCAAACAUAGUAAUAAUAGUAGCCUUUUAAAAUAUCAAAAUCAAGAAAAGGAAUCCUUUAUUACCAAUUCAGUAAAACUUCGUUAUUAUUCAAGCAAAAAAAAGCCUCACUCUCCCAAUGUUAGAAUUGAGGGACAAUUUAAAACUUAUAAACCAAGAACUCCUGGUUUAAGAUGGUUAAAAAGACCUGUUAAUGAUCAUUUAUGGAAAGGCAAACCUAUUAGAAAACUCACCAAGGCUAAACGACAAUCAGGCGGACGUAAUUUUCAUGGUCAUAUUACUGUAAGGCAUCGUGGUGGUGGUCAUAAACGCCGAAUUCGUGUAAUUGAUUGGAUUCGUAGUGAUCCAAGUCCACAAGAAGUAAUAAGAAUAGAAUAUGAUCCAAAUCGAUCGGCACAUUUGGCUCUACUUAAGAAUACAACAACAGGUGAACAUAACUAUAUUAUUGCACCAGAUGGUCUAAUGCCUGGUGCCAUCCUUCAAUCUUAUCGUAAUCAUCCAUUAAAUCAACCCAUUAAUGACAAUGAUAAUGAUUCUCAAGAUUCAUCAUAUUCAAUAACUCGUGUUGUAUCUGUAGAAAAUGGCAAUUGUAUGCCAUUAAGAAUGAUUCCAGUUGGCACAAAAAUACAUUGUAUAGGAUUGAAACCUAGUGGUGGUGCAAAAAUGGUUCGUUCAGCAGGAGGUUCAGCACAACUUGUACGUACAGGUGAAAAAGGAUUUGCACAAGUACGUCUUUCAUCAGGAGAGGUUCGUCUGAUACAUGUAAAUUGCUGUGCCACAAUUGGAACAGUUUCCAAUCCAAAUCAUCAACAUCGUAUGUUAGGUAAAGCAGGAAGGUCUAGAUGGUUAGGCAUUAGACCAACUGUAAGAGGUGUUGCAAUGAAUUCUGUAGAUCAUCCUCAUGGUGGUGGAAGAGGAAAAAGUAAAGGAAAUAGGCAUCCUGUUAGUCCUUGGGGUGUUUUAGCUAAAGGUGGAAAAACUAGGAAAAAGCCAAACAAAUGGGUUGUUAAACCAAGACCAAGAAGAUAA